AUGACUGGCACAAGCCCUCCACCACGGCAAAAGCAAGACUUUACAGCCGUCGUCGGCACAUACACCGCUCACUUCGACCAGGCCCAGGUUGACGACGACGAACCCGCCGACGCCGUGACCGAAGACCAGCGACAAAAGAGACAAGGUAAAGCAGCUCAAGUUACCGACUCGUACUACGAAUUCGCGACCGCCGCCUACGAAAACAACUGGAGCACACGCUUCCACUACGCGCCCUUCUCACCCACCGACACCCUGCACUCGGCCCAAUGUUUCUGCGAGCACCGGCUCGCGCUGUUCAUGGGCCUCAAGCCUGGCAUGAAAGUCCUCGACGUGGGAUGCGGCGUCGGCGGACCUGCCAGGGAGAUGGCGAAACUCGUCGGCUGUGAAGUUAUCGGCAUAACUAUCAACCAAAACCAAGUCGAUCGCGCAGUCCAAUUGACCGCCCAGGAGGGUCUCACGGGGAUGUGUACAUUUAUCAAGGCGGAUUGGCAUGACCUGCCCUUCGCCGACAACAGCUUCGACGCCGCCUUCGCCAUCGAAGCCACCUGCCACGCAUCCUCGCUGCGCACCGUCUACACCAACAUCUGCCGCGUCCUCAAACCCGGCGGCGUGUUCGGCGUGAGUGAAUGGGUCCUGACACCCGCUUUCGACCCCAGCAACGCCAAACACAUCGACAUGCGCAACCGCAUGGAAAGAGGGAACGGGAUCAGUAACCUGCACACGAGCGACGAGGCGCGCGGGGCCAUGACCGCGGCCGGCUUCGACAUCCUGCACGAAGAGGACUUUGCACGGUACUUCGACUAUCUCAAGAACAACAACAGCAGCAGCCACACCAAAGGCCAAACUGGCAACAACUCGUUAGGAGCUGCUGUGGUAGGAAAAGUAGGGAGCACCGAAGAGACGCAGAUCAAGAUCACGUCUCCUGUCCUUAUCCCCUACUCUUCCGACACAUACCCAGAUCCUCGUUCGAACCUGGAUUGGCGUUGCGCGCCCGCCUCCGGCCCUCUACUGGUCACACCCUCUCCACACCGUGACUGGUGGUGGCUGCUCGAAGGCAAGACCCAUCUCGCGACGACGUGGGCCGAUUACUGGACGGCGUGGAAGAUGUCUCGCUUCGCCCGGCGGGCAUGGUACGCUCUGGUCUGGACGCUUGAGCACCUAGGAUACUCUCGUGCCCAGGGCGUGUGUGAGGCGAUGGACACGAUGGCGUAUUGUGUGGACAGUGCGGCGGAUGCGGGGAGGGAAGGCAUCUUCUCGCCCUGCUGGUGGUUCGUCGCUACGAAGCCGGUAGGCCAAAGGGUGGCGGAUGGGAAUAUGAAGGCCAAAAGAAAGCAGUAUUGUGACACUUGAAAUGUAACAGAAAAGGUAUUAUGUGUCUUUUAUGCUGGGUAUGAGUAUUAUUUUGAUAGAAUAUCUCGAGGAAGAAAC